AUGUCGGCAAAACGCGGAAAAAAAGGAAAAUCCCAACUUUAUAGCCAUAUUGCUUCAGCUAUAAUACCAGUAACAAGUAUUGUUGCUGUUCCAUCAGCUGUUCAACAAUUUCCACAACAAAAAACACGCGCCACUGACGAAUGGGGUCCAAUAGCAUCUACUCUUCUACGUGCUUCCCUUACCAGUCAAAUACUUAUUCCAUUAUCAUCAUCGAGAACUUCUUUAGAUCAAUAUGUUGAAGAUGAUAUUCAACCAACUAAAACACGAACACCUGUGGGACGUAUGGAUGCAAGUACAGAUGAUGAAGACGAAAGUGAUGAAGAAAAAGAUGAACGAAAAUAUCAAGAAUCACUUCAUGCAUCUACUGUUAGAAGUAGUAUUUCUCGAGUACCAUCAUUAUCUAAUGCUGAAAAACGUGUUUUCGGACAUGUAGUCCAUGAUGAAGAAUCAGCAUCAACAAUAGCUGAUGAUGAUCUUAGUUCAAAAAUUCAUUCAGAUCGAAAACAAACACCUAAUGCUGAAUUAUCACGAUCACGAUCACGAUCACCAACAACAACAUCUACUACUACGACAGAUGACAAAAAUUUAAAACGAGCAUCAGUUACUAUUGUACGACAACAUGUACCUCCAUUAGUUCUAAAUCCUUCACCCAGUCAAUUAGGUCCGUCGUCAGCAAAACCUAUUGUUCAAAAAGAUAGUAUUGGUGAUGAGGCUAAAUCAACUACAACAACAACAACAACAGCACGUUCAUCUCUUAAUGAUUCAACAGCAAUACCAGUUAGUAUUCGAUCUGUUUCAUUUAAAGAACCUGUUGCUCAUGAAACAUAUGAUCCAACAUUAUCAGUAUCACAAAAAACAAAUACUGUAAUAACUAAUAAUAAUUAUUCUGUAUUGGAUAAAAUUGUUAUUCCACCACCAGAAGAAUAUCAACAUAAUUUUAAUGAUCUUGAAAAACGUAAUCGAUUAUUAAUUGAUGAAGUUCAACAAUUACGAAAAGUUAAUCAAAAUUUACAAACACAACAAGAAGAAUUACUUAAUCGUUUACAAACAUCACAAAAGUUAUCACAACGAGAGUUAAAUGAUCUUUUAAAACAAGCUGGACGUGAUCAAACAAAAGAUCUAGAAAAUUUAAAUAAAACAUUACAAAAUCGAUGUGAUCAAUUACAAAAUGAAUUAAUUUUAAUGAGAGAACGAUAUGCACAAGAUCAAAGUCAAUCAAGUACACAAGAACUUAAAAAAGAAAAUCAUUUUCUUAAAGAUUAUAUUCAUCGUUUAACUGUUGCUUCUAGUGAAUAUCAAACAAUGCAUCCACCAAAUGUUUUAAAAAAUGAUAUGGACAAAGAACAACGAAAUUUAAAAGCAUUACCAAUGAAAGGACCAUCACCAAUAUGGCUCCUUAAUCAAAAAUUUCUUGCACCAUUAUUUGUUUGUUAUGAUGAAAAAUUAUAUGAAAGAGAAGAAUUUAUUAGAAAACUUCAGACUCAACUUAAUGAAUUACAAGAUCAAGUUAAAUUAAUAAGUAAUGAAAAUCUAUCAUUACAUGAACGAAUUAUUCGUACAUCAUCAACACCAUCAACACCAAUAAAUCAAAGUCCUACAUAUAUAAUUGAUAUUGAAAAUAUUAAACGACAAGCUUAUCUUGUCUUAGAAGAAAAUAAAAUUCUUCAAGAACAUCUUAAUUUACAAACAAAUAAAUUAACUGAUAUACAAAAAGCACAAAUUCAAGAAGUAUCUGAUUUAACACGACGUUUAAUGAUUAUUGAAAGUGAAAAAACAGAAGCAGAUCGAUUACUUGAAACAAUGCGAAUAAAAAAUGAAGAAUUAAGAAAAAAUUAUGAAAAAUUAAUUAUGGAUAAUGAUCAUCGAAUACAUGUUGAUGAUCAUGUUAGAGAAAUUAGUGAAAUGAAACGAUUAACAGAUGAAUUAAGUAAAAAACAUGCCAGUGAAAUGCAAUUACUUCUUCGUCGAGUUCAGGAUGCUGAAACUGCUAAACGAGUAGCUCAAUUAACAUUAACGGAAUGUCGUAAUAAUAUUGAACGUUUAAAAAAUGAUAUACAUUCAACAAAAAAAUUAAAUCGAAAAUUACUGUUACGUGUAGAAACAUUUGGAAAAAAACUUGAAUUACAACAAAUAAAAGAACAACGAACAACAACAAUGCUUGAUAAAGCUAAUGAAGAAAUUGAAAAAUAUAAAUUAGAACAAGAAACUUAUUUCACAUCAGCUAGAACAAAAGACGAAGAAGUCAAUCAAACAAAAAUACGAAUGCAAGAAGAAACAAAAAAAAUAAUAAAACUUGAAAAUCUUCUCGAAGAUUUUAAAAAUGAAAGUAAAGAACAUGUUAAUGAAGUACAAGAACAAAUGAAAAAACAAUAUGAUAAUUUAAAAUUACGUUAUUCAGAACAUGAAGAACGUAUUCGACAACUUCUUGCUUUAUUAAACGAAAAAGAAAUAGUUAUCGAUGACUUAAGUUCAGAAAGACGUAAUCUUGAAGUCGAUCUUGAUGCUAUCUGGCGAACAACAAAUGCUGAUAAUAUACGCAUGCGACAACAAUUACUUGACAUGCAUGCAAUGAGUUAG